AUGGAUAGAAGACGUGUAUGCGAUGCGUGCUCGGUGCGACGUGUCAAGUGCGAUGGCCAAGCACCGUGCGCUGCGUGUUUGAGAUCAUCCAUUGAAUGUACACGCUUGCGACAGAGAGUCAAGUCUGGACCAAAAGGUGUGCGGAAGAAGACUCUCGACCGACUGAAGACGGUCAGAAGGCAGGGUGACGGGAACGCCAACCCUCUCUCGAGCAAUGUGUCCGAAGCUCGCAACCAUGAACCCAGGCACGACGAACUGGGACUCGCGCCCGCUACCUCUGACAACUCUUCUUACACGGUCGAAGGACUGUUCUCGCCAGAACUGAACAUUGAUUUUGCCAAUCUUACCAAUGAUGAUCAGCUGCCAUCAUUGGAAGUACCACAAAUAUCAACAUGGCCAUUUCGUAUCAGCCCGGACCUCUUGAUACCAUACCUGGACAUAUACUAUUACAAACUCUUCCCAGUCUGGCCGAUAGUAGACAAGGACAUGCUUACGGCAAGAUUGCACGCCGCAGAGCCUGACGCAAGUGCAUACAUGCUGGCCAGUAGCGUUUGUGCAGCCACGAUGGUCCAACUGCAACUUUCAGUUUUUGGCCCGAGCGGAGAUAUGCUUGACCCCAGCGUCAUGCUAUCAGAGAUUGAAGAUCUUCGUCGGACAUACGACUAUCGCGAAAGCCCGAGUAUCGGAUUCUUGGCGACCAGUUUCUUCAUGCAUGUUGCCUAUACAAAUCUCGGUCGCCUAACAACCAGUACGCUGUUCCUCAGAGAAGCCGUCACUCUUGCGUAUAUACUCGAUCUACACAGACCAUCUCAUUACGAAGAGGUCACGCCUGUGGAAAGACAGAGUCAUCUUCGCAUGUUUUGGAUUCUUUUCAUUACUGAGAGAGCGCAUGCUACACAACACGAUAUCCCAUGCGUCAUGACCGUUGACGCUGACAUGCCGGAACUGGAUGUCGCAAGCCAGCCUGCCGUGCUAGCCCCGCUCAUCAUGCUUUGCAGGAUGUUCAGAUCCUUCUGCGAAGGCUCCAGUAGCAGUCUCACAACGGACAGCUUGACAUCCUUCAACAAUCAAUUACUGAGAAUACCAACCAUGACCGGAGACCACAACGAGCUUCAGAAAGCCGACCUCUCAGUGACGCAACAAUGGCUCCGUCUCAUGUUCUGGAAACUAGCCAUCAACAAAGUCGUCAUGACAUCAGACUCGACUGAGGACAUUCGCAGCAUCUUCUUCCCCAUCUCUCUGGCCAAAGACCUGCUGUCCAAUGUCUCCACCAUGUCAAUUGACACCCUCGAAGCUCACGGCCCAGGCAUGGAACUUAAACUCUUCGAGGUUACAAAUUCAGUAGCCGAUAUCAUAACAUUGAAUCAUGCGCAAAUCCAACACUCUUCACUUCAACUCGGACCUCAGGAUAUUCUCGUCCAUCUCACAAGCAUCAUUGGAAGAUUCAGAGGUGGCAAUAAGACACUGUUACCUUUGCUGCAGUCGCGACUUUCGAGUAUCGGACUUGGGUCUGCUAUAUUACCGCGGAUCACAGAUGUCACGUAUGAUUCUCCAGACACGAACCGCGACAAGGGCUCGGUUGAGAGCAACGAAGCUAUUAUGGCUGAACAGAGUCUUUGCGAUGGCCACACCAGUGAUAUUUAUGGUCCGGAGGUCGCGUACGAGAUGAACUCGACUGAGUGGUGA